AUGCCCGCCAAACACUACGGCCCGCUUAUUAUCCUUGCAGUGGUGGCGCUGAUCAUGUUCCAUCUACGCAAAAGAUGGGUUCCACGAGUGGAAGAGAGAUUCGGAGACAAGUUUGCAGAACUGAGGGCGCGAUUCGCUGGGUAUCACCAAGCCGAAACCGGCUCAUUCGCGCUGGACGCAGAACAGGGGCUCACUUCUAGCACUUUUGAUAUUGAAUCAGAUAAUAUCGGUCGUGGAGACACUCGCAAAGGCUUAGAUGAGAACGCCAAAAAGCAGGUCCAUGAGCUGAUGAAGAAGAAGGGGCUUUCAUUCGACGAUGCCAGGCUUGAGUAUACACAGAGCGUGAUGAAGAACAACAAUAUCGCAGCCGAUGGUACUCCACUGGAUCCAAAGGCGGUGACGACACUUUUGUGA